UAUGGGAUUAGAUGAUAAUUACUACAUGAUUAAGUUCUCAAUGACAUGGCCACUCUUUCAGAAGCCUAUGGUGACAGUCCUCUCGGUCUUCAACAUAUUAUUCCUCUUGAUUUCGACUCCAUUCAUGAGUUACCAGAUUCACAUAUAUGGUCUGAUCACGUCAAUGAUCACGACUCAGAAAAAUAUACGCAUCUAAAGCAUGCGCCGAAGAAUGAAGAAUCUAGCGUACCAAUUAUUGAUCUAAGUGCUCCAAAUGUUGUGGAGCUUGUUGGCAAUGCAUGCGAAACUUGGGGUAUGUUUCACGUGAUUAAUCACGGUGUUUCCUCGAUUCUUGUCAAUAAUGUCGAGUCACAUGCUCGACAAUUGUUUUCACUUCCAACUCAACAUAAAUUGAAGGCCCUACGAGCACCUGGUGGAGCCACCGGGUACGGCGUUGCUAGGAUAUCGCCAUUUUUCUCCAAGUUAAUGUGGCAUGAGGGCUUCACCAUUAUGGGCUCUACAGUUGAGCAUGCAAAGGAACUUUGGCCCCAUGGCUAUGAAGAUUUUUGCAAUGUAAUGGAUAAUUAUCAAAAAAGGAUGAAAUCAUUGGCCUAUCAAAUCAUGCUUCUAAUCCUCAAGUUCUUAGACAUAACUAAAGAAGAAGAAGAAGAAGUGAUUUCUGUAUCAUCUAUUCACGAAUCCGACGCCGAUGGUGCACUGCAACUGAAUUCUUAUCCGUGCUGUCCGGAUCCGAAUCGAGCUAUCGGGUUAGCCCCACAUACGGAUUCACUCCUCCUUACUAUUCUUCACCAGAGUGAAACAAAAGGGCUCCAAAUUCAUCGAAAUGGAGUCGGGUGGGUACCUGUUCCUCCAGUAUCCGGAGCCCUAGUUGUGAAUAUAGGAGACUUAUUGCACAUUUUAUCGAAUGGAAGACUCCCUACAGUUUAUCACCGUGCAGUUCCGAAUCAGGAUAGGCAUAGAGUUUCUGUAGCGUACUUUUAUGGACCUCCGGUGGAAUCCAUUAUUGGGCCACUGAAUAAGCUUCCAAGUCCAAUAUAUCGUUCAUUGACAGUGAAAGAGUAUAUUAGUCUUAAGAAUAAGCAUCGUGGGAAGGCUCUUUCUUUGAUCAAGAUUUGAUUUUAUCAUGUUCAUGUGGGUCGGGUCGGGUCAUCAGCAAGGUCUUGCGUCAAUAUCCCGCAUAUUAUAUAAUAUGUGGAGAAUUCAAUUUUAUCGAGUUCAUGUUAGAGAUAGUGGGAAUAGUCGCUAUACUAUUCAUAAAGGUCACUAUUUUACAUGUUAAUUAUUAGCUCUCAUUUACGAGCAUCUUAAGUGGCGUUUGGAUUGCUAUUAUCAUUAUUUCUAUUCAAGAUGCCUUUUUAAGUGCUUGUUUGUAUUCA